AACCGGGAGAGUUGCUUGUGUUGGGUUCAAAGUUUCGCUCUACCAAGGCAAGAUAUAAUAUGCAUCCAGCUUUAGCUGAAUAUCGUGAGUGUUCCGCGAAGUCUGCUAGCCAUUGGCCUUACGUUCAGGAUACUCCUUUCUGUCUUUGCGAUGUUUGGUUAUAAGAGAAUGUUGCUCUUCAGAAAACGCGUAUAGUGGCCUUCGUCGAUGGGACAAACGCUCCAGUGUAUGCGUUACAAGGCAACUAGCAUUUUGUCAUGGAAGUUCGUGAAAGAAUGUUUCGCUGGAAAAACCAACGCCGACGUCAAGAUCAGUCUCCUUUCAAAAGUGAGCGAGCAGAGCUGAAAAAGAUGGAGUUACCUGGAGAUGAGAUUUCUUUCUACGGAUAUGAAGGAUAGAAAUAUGCUAUUUGCUGCUAUUACAACGAAUCAACCAAUUCGUAGUAAGUGUUCCCGUCUUCCCGAUCUACAUGAUUUUUUCCCAACCAACAUCUCUCAGAACUUUGCUAUAACGCCAAACUUGGAUAUAACGCCAACGCCUGAGCGAAUUGCCGGCGUCACAAUAGUUUUACAAAUAGAAGAGUAUUUGGGCCAAAAUGAGUCCGAACAGGGAGCAGUCAAUUUAGCUAGAACAGUAUUGGGAGCCCGCCACCGAAAUGGCGAAACUUGGCAGGGCAUAUUAGAGGAUAUUCGGGCGGGUGGUGGUAUGGAUAAUUUUAUCCAGAAUCUGCCUGGUGCCUACCCGGAAACCCCAUUGGAUCAAUUUGCCAUUAUCCCAAUAAUUGAUCUUCAUGUGGGCAACUUUUAUUUAUCAUUUACAAAUGAAGUCUUGUAUAUGCUGCUCACUGUCGUUUUGGUCGUUUUUCUUUUUUUUGUUGUUACGAAAAAGGGAGGUGGAAAGUCAGUGCCAAAUGCAUGGCAAUCCUUGGUCGAGCUUAUUUAUGAUUUCGUGCUGAACCUGGUAAACGAACAAAUAGGUGGUCUUUCCGGAAAUGUGAAACAAAAGUUUUUCCCUCGCAUCUCGGUCACUUUUACUUUUUCGUUAUUUCGUAAUCCCCAGGGUAUGAUACCCUUUAGCUUCACAGUGACAAGUCAUUUUCUCAUUACUUUGGCUCUUUCAUUUUCCAUUUUUAUAGGCAUUACGAUCGUUGGAUUUCAAAGACAUGGGCUUCAUUUUUUUAGCUUAUUACCUGCGGGAGUCCCACUGCCGUUAGCACCUUUCUUAGUACUCCUUGAGCUAAUCUCUUAUUGUUUUCGUGCAUUAAGCUUAGGAAUACGUUUAUUUGCUAAUAUGAUGGCCGGUCAUAGUUUAGUAAAGAUUUUAAGUGGGUUUGCUUGGACUAUGCUAUUUCUGAAUAAUAUUUUCUAUUUCAUAGGAGAUCUUGGUCCCUUAUUUAUAGUUCUAGCAUUAACCGGUCUGGAAUUAGGUGUAGCUAUAUCACAAGCUCAUGUUUCUACGAUCUCAAUUUGUAUUUACUUGAAUGAUGCUACAAAUCUCCAUCAAAAUGAGUCAUUUCAUAAUUGAAUAAAAACGAGGAGCCGAAGAUUCUAGGGGGCUACAGCUGCGCUUUUGCAGCACUGAACAUGGUUCCGGGUACUCAAGAUAUUGUGUUUGGAGAGGUGUAGAUAGAUAG